AUGUCAUCAGGUCCCGUGGUGGAGACUGGGGCAGAGGAGAAUCACCACCCCUGUCAUCCACGAUACCCUGACCCCCACUGGAACUGUGAGCUCACCUUCCCCCUGCCCUCCUCGGCCCCCUGGGAUGCCACCGCCACAGCCCUGACCCUGACCAUCCACCACCGCCGCUCCCUACUGGCCCUGCCUGAUAAGUUCCUGGGUACUGUGAGCUUCAGGCUGGAGGAUGUUGUCAAGAAGAAGGACGGAAACAAAGAGUGGUAUGUCCUCAAUUCUGAGCCGAGGAAGAAGCUAAAGAAGCGUGGACAUGUGGAAGUGUCGUUCAGGCUGUACAGAGAGAGUAGCUGCCUUCCAUCCCACUCCCAACCUGUCACCCAGACCCAUUCCCAACCUUUCACCCAGACCUACUCCCUCUCCCACUCAAAACCCUGCACCAUUCUCUCCCACUCUACAAGCCUCUCCCAGCCCUCCAACCUUCCCUCCCACUCCCUCACCCAGCCUCACUCCCAAUCCCACUUCCAACCCUCCUCCUCCAUCUGCACCAAGAGCCACAUCAGCUGGGAGAGUGACACACACUGUUUACCACCUUCUGUUCAGCCGGUGGUAAAGCAUUGGGAGCCAAACCAUCCAUCUUGUGGAGAGGAGAAUUGUGAAGUGCUGGACUCAGUUCCACCACCAUCUGUACCAGCAGACAGCCCAGACUGCGUCAGCAUCACUACAGCUGAUUGCAGCAAUAACAUCAGACCAGUAUCCGAUUUCCCUGCAUCCAUCCUCACCUGUGAGACUGGAGACCUGGAGGAGGGCCAGGAGGCCAGGGAGUGUCUGCUGGACCCAGGACGAGGACACAGCUCCCGUAAGGGUCCUCUGGAGGAGACAUCUACAGCAGGGAGCACCAUCGGGACACAGACUUCCAGUAAAUUCCAAAUGUUCCCGUUCCAACAUUCCCAAUGCCAAGGGAGGGGGAGAAGGGUCUCUUUCAGGUCCUCCUUCCUUUCCAGACUGAGGCAUCUCCGCUACAGGUUGGACUCAGGAGAGGCCAACGGGGAGAGGCGGACUCUGAGACUCCCGGUCUGCUCCAGGGUGUUCUCCCGGUCGACCUCCCCACCCUACGACAGGUUCCCCAAGAUAGAUGUGUCAGAGAGGCCACAGGGUUUCUUGUCACGGCUCUUCCCCUGUCUAGGUAGAGAAUGACAAUAAAGAAACACAAGCCUGAC